GAGACGGGAAGCCCGAGGCUCAGGAGCGGGAAGGUUUCUUUUGCCAACGUUCAAAACAUCAAACUCGGAACAUGGGGAAUAUUUUUGCUAACCUCUUCAAGGGGCUUUUUGGCAAAAAAGAAAUGCGGAUUCUAAUGGUUGGUCUGGAUGCCGCAGGAAAGACAACUAUUUUGUACAAACUGAAGCUGGGUGAAAUAGUAACUACUAUUCCCACUAUAGGUUUCAACGUAGAAACUGUAGAAUACAAAAACAUUAGCUUCACGGUCUGGGAUGUAGGUGGCCAGGAUAAGAUCCGACCCCUAUGGCGCCAUUACUUCCAGAACACACAAGGACUGAUUUUUGUGGUUGACAGUAAUGAAGAACGAGUGAAUGAGGCCCGAGAAGAACUGAUGAGAAUGCUGGCAGAGGAUGAGCUUAGAGAUGCCGUCUUAUUAGUGUUUGCUAACAAACAGGAUCUUCCCAAUGCCAUGAAUGCAGCUGAAAUCACAGAUAAACUUGGACUGCAUUCUCUUCGUCACAGAAACUGGUACAUCCAAGCGACCUGUGCCACUAGUGGGGAUGGGCUCUAUGAAGGACUGGACUGGUUGUCCAAUCAGCUCCGAAACCAGAAAUGAAACAACAAAAAGUUCCUCCUCCCUCUUUCCUUCUCUCCCUCUUAUUUCCUCCUAUUCGCCCUUCGCUUUACUCUCAUGUGGC